AUGGUGCUCGUCGCCCCCGCCGCGUCGUAUCAUCACCACAGAGCCGCCGCGGCUGCUGCGGCCGCGGCUGAUCCGGUGUUCCCGCUGCUCGGGACGGGGCAGUGCGCGCUGGACGCUGCCAGUGCCAAGUCGUCAGCCGCCGCGGCCGCGGCUGCGGCGGGGGCGUCGCCCGGGACCGCCAUCCACUUCUGGCAGUCGCAGCCGACGGCGGCCGGAGCUGGGUCCGCCGACAAGAAGCCGCUCCACAUGCUGGACUACGGCGGCGUCUCCGCGGCCUCCGGCGCGGCCACGUGUCACGACUGCGGCAACCAAGCGAAGAAGGAUUGCAUCCACCACCGGUGCCGGACGUGCUGCAAGAGCCGCGGCUUCGACUGCUCCACCCACGUCAAGAGCACCUGGGUCCCCGCCGCCCGCCGCCGCGAGCGCCAGCAGCUCGCCGGCGCCUCCUCUCCCACCACCUCCGCCUUCCCCGCCACGACCGUCUCGGCCAAGAAGCCACGCCUCCUCGGCUCCCAGACCACGACAACCACCUCCCGCACCUCCACCUCCAACGCCACCACUCCUCGCAGCUUCGACACCUCCUCCAGCCACCAAGUCGCGUCAUUCAAGGACGCCCUGCCGCGGCACGUGCGGGCGCCGGCGGUGUUCCGGUGCGUGCGCGUGACGUCCGUCGACGACGGCGACGACGAGUUCGCGUACCAGGCGGCGGUGACCAUCAACGGCCACAUGUUCAGGGGAUUCCUGUACGACCAGGGCGCCGACGACGGCCGCGGCGGCACGGCCUCCGCCAGCAACGACGACUCCAGCCACGCCGCCGCCGCUGGAGUGCCCAGCAUCUCCGAUCUGCACCUCGGCAGCGCCUCUGCGGCAGUGCCUCCACACCUGUACAGCGGUGGCGGUGGCGGGCCACUGAUCCUUGGUGGGUUAGGCUAUGGCAACACCAUGAACUGAAAUCUAUUAGAAAAACAAGAUGGAGUAAGCAUAAGGUACCCAUUGAUUACUACAAAUCACCUUCUUUGGUCUAGUUAAUUACUAGUAGUGGUUUACUAGUAGUGGCAUAAUUCUCGUUUCUUGUUAAUGAUGCUGCUGCUGUUGCUGCUAUGUCGUAGCAGUAGCGGUUAUGUUGUAGCCUUGUCAUUAGAAGCUGGAAAUGAAAUAGUUCAAGCA